GAAACCGGUCUAACGAUGUGAAGAAGUGCGGCACGGAAACAGAACAAUAAUAAAGAGCUUCAGCGGAGAAGUGGGGACUCUGGGGUGAUUUCACGUUACAAUGAAAGAAAAAUAACAGUAACUUUGAGCCCUACGGCGUUAAAUCUCUCCCCACGCAUUAAUAUACACGGGCGAAACAGUGCUAAAACAAGCGAGCCGGUGUUUAUGAACAGAAUUAUAACCCUUAACUGGCUGCCUGGAGCCACUGUGUCUACAUUUCUGCCCUACAUGAAUACGCUUCUACACGGCAGAGAGAAAAGCACCACCACAUACGCACACAGCAGUAAGGACUUUCACUGAGACUCCUGCAGGUCCUACAGAGAGCGAGUGUUGAGCUCAGAGAGAGAGAGAGAGAGCGAAAGAGCUGUGGGGUAAAAGGAGAAAAUCAUGGUACACGGGAAAGAUGAGUGCAGACAGCAUGGCAGACCAGCACAGAUGUCCAUACCCAAACGGCUGACUUGUUCUUCAGCUCAGAGGGGGCUUUCAAACCGUGCAACAGCAUCAGAUAAAGAGAUGGCUAAAACCUGCAAGAACGUCAUCCGUCUACUAGAAGAUCACCCUGAAGGCAUCCCUCUCUCAAAGUUGGCCGUGUUCUACAGUCAGAGGUAUCAUCGUAACCUGAUCGUGGCAGACCUAGGCUUCGACUCCAUUCCUGCGUUCAUUGCCUCUCUGUCUGACAAUCUGGUGGUGCAGGAUGGAACAGUCUUCCACAGGACACACAAAACAAAGAACCAGGACUCCGAGGACAUGGUGGAGCUGCUUAAAAGCCAUCCAGAAGGCAUUCCACUCAAUAAACUUGCAGUGGCCUUCAAUCAGAGAUACAAAAGAAACUUCACCCUGUCAGCAUUAGGAUUCUCCUCGAUGGCCACCUUUAUUGACUCACUAAGCAAAGAGCUGCAUGUGAAGGAUAAUGUAGUGUACCACAGGAGCCACACCACGCUCCCAGGUGCAGACAAAGACAAAAUUUCUCAAGAUGUUGUGGAAUUGGUUAAAGAACACCCACAUGGCAUUCCCCUCAAGAAACUGGCUAUAUUCUACGCUCAGAAGUACAAACAGAACCUGAUUUUGACAGAGCUUGGCUUCUCCUCAGUUGGCGCUUUCGUUGAUUCUUUGUCCAAGGAUUUACUUGUGGAAAAUGAAAAUGUCUUCCACAGAACACACAGGGCAACCCCUGGGCCCUCGGCAGUGUUGAGUAAAACCCCACCUCCUCUGAUGUCUACUUUUGGAAUCUCCUUUGGUGCUAGUCCUGCACCAAAGGAAGAUGACAUGACCCACAUGGAGCUGCUGGAGAAAGUUAAAGAAGUUAUCAAAGUCUACCCAGCGGCUGGAACUUCCAUUACACAGCUGCAGAAUGGCUACUUUCUCCAUUUCGGUGCAGUACUGCCACUGAAGCUGUAUAUGUCGCUGUACGACAGUCAUGCAAACAAACAGAAGGCAUCUCCGAGCCAAGCGCUGCUAAAUGUACAGCUGGAACCAGGAGGCUCUGCUACAACACCAGCAAAGACAGUCACUAGGGUCUCUGUGAGCCCACAGCCUACACUGGUGGCCAACGGGCUGGCUGAAGAAGUGGUCCACUCCAAGACUGGCUCUCCUCUUCGCCAAGUUAAGCCCAUUCCUGCUGCUGCUUCUCCAGUCGCUUCUUCCAGUGCGUCGCUGGAGGACUUCCCAGCUCUCGGCACUAGACUGUCCAGAUCUGAGCAGAGGAGGCUGAAGGAGAACCUUGAAGCGAGCGCUUUGGUGUUUCACAGUGCCCACCACGCCCAGCUGAGGGAGGUACAUGGAGCUAAUGUUCGGGCAGUAGAGGCGUUGGAGGAGGAGGAGGAGGAAGGGAGUGUGGGCAGGCGCAGGAGAAGGGUCAUGAACCCAGACGAUGUGAAUAGUCUGGUUGACGAUGCCAUCCGUGCCAUUGCAGUGGAGGGGGAGCAUGUCACUGUUGAGAAGGUGAUCAGCAAAGUGUGCACGCUCCUGCAAGUGCCCUCCUUGUACUCGGUGAGAAUCGACCCUCACUGGCAGCUGCCUGCUGUGAAAGAAUUCAAACGCACCAUUAAAGAGAUCAAUCUCUUCAUUCAGUCAAUAGAGGCAGUCUCUUCUAUCUGCACUCUGUAUGAGCUGGGUCAGGCUAUUGCCAGCCUCAAGAACAAGAAGCGCUUCGAGGAGCUCCACCUAGGCCCUCUCUGCAAGUUCCCGCUAGUACAUCGGAUGUUCAAAAUAGACAGCAGCACGAAAGAUGACGAUAUACAGCAGAUCGAAACUGUGGAUAUUCUUAGGAGUCUGCGUAACUUCAGGAGAAAUCGGAACAGAACUAAGGUAGACCUCGCCGAGUUCAUGCAGUACCUUGCAGACCAGUAUAACUGUGAAUCACCUUAUGAACUAGGUGUCAGGAUCCAGAGUGUUGGGCUGCCCAUAUCGACGUUGGCAAAAGCAUAUAACUGUGAGAACGCCUGCAUGGACAAAGCAAGAGAGGUCAUUCAGAAGGAGAUUGAAGAGGACGUGCAGGCCAGACUGUUUAAAAUCAAAAAGAGCCUGCUGGAGCCAGCCCAGGGAGCACCACUCUACUCCUCCGCUGGCAACCUGGAGCUCAGGAAGAAGUAUGCCAAUCUGACCGCUGCUGAGGCUGUCAUGGAGGUCUUCACCAACUCCAUGGGCAUUUUUAAUAACAGGAUGACCAAGCGGGUUCAGGACUUCCUUGUGUAUGUAUCAGGAGACCGGCUGGCCCGGACUCUUUUUCAGUUGGCUAUCUGCGGCGGCUCCCUUGCUGUCCCGAGCGACCUGGUCCCGAAGGAGAAACCCCAAAAACCAAGCCAGGAAAAGAAACCAUCUGAGGAGAUGACCAGUGAAGCACCCCCUACUGAAGCUGCAGUGAAGCAGUACUUCCAGGAAUGUAUGUCCAGCUUCAUCGGCACAGUCACUCUGCCUUACCUCUGCAGACUGGAGAAAAAGGUGGUAGAGCAUUUUAAGUUCAAGGAGUUCCGCCAGCUGCAGCAGGGCUCCUUUCUAGAGUUCCUGCUCAAAAACACGCAGAUGCUACAGGACGCUACAGGUGGCAUUGUGGCUAUCAGCAACCAGGACAUCCGAGCAUGUGGCUUCAGACCCAACCAGCAGGAUGUGUAUGAGUUUAUUAAACAGUGCGGGGAGGCAGACCCUUCACGACUCCCAUUCAUCGAGGCUGCGCUGAGGAGUCAGUACAGGAUCAGAGACAGUAGAGAGCUGGGCUAUGGGCAUCUCCGCACCCUUCUGGACUUCGCCAAGCGCCAGAGGGAGCUGAGUGGGGGGGUCAUCAGCAGUGCCAUCCGCUACGAGUGCCCUCUGCUGCCUAAAGACCCAGGGGACGGGUUGGGAGAGACUGUGGGCUUGCUGGGGGAGUUGAGCCGUGAACAGGCCAUAGCAAGCCUGCUGACCGCUCCGCUCCUGCAGGAUCUGAGAGAGUGGAGCCAGUGGGAGCUGGUGUUCCAGCCCAAUCAUGGACCACUCAAAGACUUUAUCGACAAAUACUGCGGAAACACAGACCUGCUAGCUUUGGAAGUUUCUCCUGGAGUGCUGUUGAGGAUCACCUCAGCCACCAGUGAUAAACUGUUCUCUGAAGCAGCUGAGGCCCUGGACCCUGUUGGUACAGCCGGCCACUUGGUCUCCAUUGUGGUGGCUGAUGGGAUUUCUAACACCCCCACAGCUCUGCUGGCCAAUCACAUGGAGGAUUCACUGGCAAAGGCAGUUGCACAAGAAGAUUUAUACUGUGAUGAAAAUGGUUCCUUCAGCACCGCGGCCAAGUUUGUGCUUGAGUGCAUAUCUCGGAUGCCUGCAAGAAUCUGCAAAGAGCUCCUGCAGCAGGUGUUUCUGGAGCCUCUGUCUAAAGUGAUUGGCCAAGCCAAGUCUAAAACAAUCCUCCUGGAUGCAGCCAAGUCUGAGACAAGGUACCUUAACAAGCUCCAUCAGAUGGGCAUUUUGCUGGGCAUCACUGAGUGGGCGAGGAACUUCCACACCAAGCUCAUCUUACCAACACCACCUGAGGUGCCCUCUCACACAGCCAAGAGCGCAGCAGCCGACUCUCUGAGUGACAGGUCAUCGUCAUUGUUAAGUCUGGCUGACAGUGAGGAUUUGUUGGAGGACUCUGUGCUCAGUGCUGUCUCUACCUCUGGCUGCUCCAGCCCUGCUAAAGCUCCUCAGCAAGGUAUUAAUGACAGUGCCAGGAGUGACGAUCAUGAUGAUGAAGAUGAUGAGGGUGAUGAUGAAGAUCUGUUUGAGUUGGCAUCUGUGCAGAAUGAGGAGGCCCACAGCAGUGCAGAGAGUAAAGGGGAGGAUGAAGAGGAUGAAGCUGUAGAAGAGUCUCCUGAUCAGACUGAAGGAGCUGAAACUAAUGAGCGCUUAAGUCAGUGCAGGGCCAUCGUCGAGGACAUCAGGAAGAGUGAGUUUGGUAUUGGAGUGGAGCUGAAUGAAGAGGGUCAGAACCUGAUGAGAAAACACCAGGCCAGGCUGGGCCGCAGUUUGGAGCGCCUCUCCACUGAACUCUACAGCAAAGACACACACUUUGUGCUGGAGCUCAUUCAGAAUGCAGAUGAUAACAGUUACCCGCAGGAUGACACUGAGCAGCCCGCUCUGGCUUUUGUGGUUCAGAGAGACUGCAUCACCAUCCUGAACAAUGAGUGCGGCUUUGAGGAGAAGAACGUGCGAGCCAUCUGUGAUGUGGGCAAGAGCACCAAGGGAAAACACAUCUGUGGCUACAUAGGGCAGAAAGGUAUUGGCUUCAAAUCGGUUUUCAAAGUCACAGAUUGUCCCGAGAUCCACUCCAACGACUUCCACAUCCAAUUCGACAAGGCCAGUGGCCCCAUGGGAUACAUUCUGCCUCACUGGGUGGAGGAGGAGAGGCACUUGCACUGUGUUGCCAAGGAGAUAGCUGAGAAGAGCUGGACCACUAAGAUUUUUCUGCCUCUACGAUCAGAGAACUACCAGACCAAGAACCUCUUCCAUGAUGUGCACCCUUCACUCUUGCUCUUCCUCCACCGCUUACGCUCCAUCACCAUCUAUAACGAGGCUGAAAAGCGACUGGUUUCCAUGACUCGAAGAGAUCUGAGCCACAACAUACUGGAAGUGGACCACACAGGUGGUGUGGAGCGUUGGCUGGUGGUGAAGAAAAUGCUUUACCCUAAGAAGAUUAAAGAGGAUGUGGAGUCCACGGAACUUGCCCUUGCCUUCCAGCUCAGUGAUGGCUUUGCCUGUGAUGUGAAGGUGCAGCCUCCGAAGCAGCCCGUCUUUGCCUUCCUACCUCUGCGAAGCUUCGGCUUCCGCUUCAUCGUCCAAGGAGAUUUUGACAUUCCUUCUUCCAGAGAAGAUGUUGAUAGGGACAGUUCUUGGAAUCAGUGGCUUCGUUCUGAGAUCCCUCAGCUCUUCCUGCAGGCCAUGGAGGUCUUCACUAAACACCCAGAGUUCAGUGGGCUGCGUGGACUCUGCCACUUCCUGCAGUUCAUCCCUCAGCCCAGUGAAAUCCUGGACUUCUUCAACCCUGUAGCUAAUCAGAUCAUCCAGCUACUGAAGGGUAAAGCCUUCCUGCCCGCCAAGGAGGACAGCGAGGGCAGAGUGGAGUUCAGGCUACCUUCCCAGGUGGCUGUGUGUCAGGACCCUCUGAUCCAGGAGGUGAUUGCAGGAGAGGAGCUGUGUAAGCACCUGAACCUGUCCUACUUGCACCCCACGCUGCAGUCGACUCUGUCCCAAUCCCUCGUCACAGCUCUGGGCAUCCACCGGCUGAGGGCCCCUGAGAUCACCACUGUCAUCUGCGCCAUGGCCAGGAGCCUCGCGCAACAUGGAGAUCUUCAGUCAGACUCUGGCCUGAAGAAACUGGCCAAGCUGCUGGCGUGUAAUUUCCGUGCUCUGGAAUUGGGUUAUGGGGAGGUGGAUGAUCUGUUGCAGACCCUUAGAGAUGUUCCUAUGGUCCCUCUGGCAGACGGUCGUGUGGUGGCACUCAGUGCAGAGGGUGUGUUCUUUCCUCUCAGUGACAAGAAGAAGACUUACACAGGUCUGGAAGCUCUGUAUAAAGAUUUGAGCAUUGUGGAGCCGCGGCUGCUGUCCUGUCUGGAUGAACUGGGGAACUCACAGGUGCGCGAGCUGCUCCGCCGACUGCAGGUGCAUGAACUGGAGCCGCAGCAGGUGCUGCAGCAGCACAUCUACCCCGCCCUGAAGAGCACAGCCUGGAAGGCAAAGUCAAAGGACAUCACUGUCAGCUACCUGGUGUUUAUCAAACAGCACUCCCAAGAGCAGGAGUACAGGGCACUGAGAACCACCAUCCCCGUCCUGACCAACAAGGGCUUCCUCUGCCCUUCCCACAGCAAAGUCCAGUUCUCUAAAGAGUACGGCAACAUCGACCUACCCACCAAACUGCCUGGGGUAGACUGGGUGCUGCUGGACCCGUGCUACCUGCGGGCUGAUGGAGACGUGCCUGGUUGGAGGGAGCUGUUCAGUGAGCUGGGGGUGAGGGACCUACUCAUCUUCAGGAAGGAGCAACGUACUCUCACAGCCACAGAGCUGUCAUCUAGCCCGUGGGCUGCGGAGGGCGAGCUGUGGCCUAAGCCUGCAGAUGGAGUUUAUGUCAUUGAGGAUCAGCAGUGUGAGGAGUUCCACUCUCUUGCCACGGCAGAUCAGCUACCCGCCCACAUCAAACUCCAGCAGAGGCAAACUCUGAUCAACCUCCUGGAGCACAACUGGGACACUGGAGAGAAGUACGCUCAGUAUCUCCGGGCUCAGGUGCUGGACAGUCAGGGCCGAUCCAUAAGAGACGCCAAAUCCUCCUUCUAUCACUUCUUGACCCAGCUGGCCUGGGUGCCUGCGUACAGGCCUGUGCUGGAGGGGGGGCGCACUGUGGACUACUUGUGCCCAAACACUGUGUAUCUCUUUUCUGCUAGUGUGCACAGCCUCCUGGGAGCUCACAUCCAUUAUAUCGAUUUAACUCCCAGUGAAUUCUCCAGAGCCAUAGGGAUGAGACACAGUGUAGGGGUAGAUGAAAUGGUGGGCUAUCUGAAGCGCUGGUGUACAAAGGUGGUUGAAGGGAAUGAGACAGGUGAAGCUGAGGGGGCGGACUUCAGCACCAGCAUCCAGCACAUCCACGCUGUGUACUGCUACCUGCAGGCUGAGUGCUCCUCCGCACAGCUCAAAGACCUCUUCCAGCACUCGCCCGCCGUCUUCAUAGAGUACGACAGGAAGGAGGACUGUUGUUCUGGACGGUUUUACCAUCUGAAGGAUGUGUGCUGGAGCGAUCCCACAGGCAUGUUUGUCAGAUAUAAGGAACUGAUCCGCCGGCCUGAGAGCGGAGUCCAGGAGCCGAAAGUACUGGCCCCGUUUUAUAGCCAAUUGCAGCACAUGAAAGAAAUGUUCCUGUCUUUGAAUGUGGACCGCAGUCCGUCUAUGAAGCAGUAUGUGGACCUCCUAGAGGUUAUGUGUGAGUCAGCCCUACUUCCUACAGGAGAGGUUCUUCAGGACAUCUCCGUCAUUUUUGCAAGACUAGCUGAAAAAUGUAAAAGAAAUAUGCACGGAGAGCAAGAUGAAGACUUUGAAUUAGACCAUUACUACUGCAGGUCUUUGAAAGAGAUGGUGUCUCGUAAGAGGGUGUUUCCUACCAAAACUCAGGGCUGGGUCACAUUGGCCCGCAAACCCAUGAUAGCAGACAGUCAGAUCCUGGAAAAGAUCUUCAAGUCUCACAGUGAAGUUUGCUUACUCAACCUGCCCUCCGCUAUGAAGAAAGCAGCAACCAAUCAGACAAACAAACAUAAAUCAAGUGGCCAAAAAGGCAAGCGGCAUGUUAGCGAGGAAAAGCCGGCGUUCAGUGAGAGAGACCGAGAGCUGUUCCUGGAGAUCUGUGGGGUUAAGAGACUCACCCAGUGCGUCACCACUGAAGCACAGACAGAAAACUACAGGCCGUGCCCAACCAUGCAGGCCCUGGUGCAUGACCUUAUCCCAUACAUUCAAAGGUUCAUCUACCACCAUGAAGAGCUGGGAGAAAUAUACGAAGAUUUGAAAGAGAAUGGCAUUGCCCAGGAGAUCAAGUCGCUGAGCUUUGGCCAGGUUGGAAAACUCUACAUUUAUUACAGUCUGGAGCAGCCAGACGAGAGGCCUAUUGUAGAGAGCGAGGACAUCAUAUGUCUGCUGAAAGACAGGAAGGAGUUAUACAUACAGAAGGACCACCAGCUAGCCAAAUUGGACAUCUGCAGAGAGCUGGUGAAACUGUUCACAUCUGAGAAGAACUUUGUGAAGGAGCUGGACUACUUUCUUGAGGGCCUUGUUACUUGUAUUCAUGAUGAAGCCGCUCUGAGAAGAUUCCUGGACAGGAAAGGUAUUCUGGAGCUUCCUGAAGAAGAAGAGACAUGGCAAGUUCCAGCACCAGUGGAGAUCAAACCAGAACCCACGGUGCCAUCCACUGUCCGCACGUCUGGAGCUGCGAACACGCAGGAAGCAGAGAAAAAAACUGAGGAGGAUGAAGAUGACAAGCUGCACUGCUGGCCUCCUAAAGCCUCGCUCAGCAAAGCAGGAGGCAGUAGCACAGGUGCAGGAAGCCAGGCAGUGGACGCGGUGAUGAAAAUGUGGCCUCCUCCAGCACCUCCAACUUCUUCAGCACCUACUGCAUCUCCAGCUCUGAAGGCUGACAGGAGCUCCUCCAGUGUGAGCACUCAGGAGCCUAAAGGAGAACUCCAGCCACAUGGAGCACCACCAGGCACUUCACAUGUUCAUGAACCCAGGUCACAUUGCGCCCCACACUCAGCAGGUCCCACAGAACAAAGACCAGAAGCCACUGUGCAAGUAGUCCAGUGUGUGAAAGUUCCUCAUGAACCGCAUGCUGUGGGGACUCCUGUUGAGAAACCUGACCCCAGAGAGGACAAGACCACCAAGAACAGUGUGAUAGCUACAGCAGCAGAACAGCGCACAUCAGAGCCUUCACAGCAAGCUCAUAAUUCAGUCCAGGCUCCAGAGAUAGUGGCAAGCCAGUUCCAGAGAGGUAGUCUUCAGCGUCCACCCAUGUCUAUAGACAGCGCAGUGUGGACCAAACCAGUGACCACUGAAGCAGUCCUAGAAGACCUGGUGCUGGACUGCAGCUUGCCUCAGUCCCUGCAGCUGUCAGAGGACUAUGAUGACACGGCUGAUAUCGGCAAAUGGGGAGAGCAGCUGGUCUACUCGUUCCUCACACACUGGAGAGAAAGUGGCAGCGGACCCAGAGAGAUCACCUGGUACAACCAAAUUGGCGAGAGUGGACAACCAUGCGACUUCAAGCUGACCUUCGCAAAUGGCCAGGAUGGCAUGCGAGAGGUUUACGUGGAAGUCAAGACGACGAUCAAGCGGGAGAAGCACUUUAUCCACCUGUCAGCCAACGAGCUGGACUUAGCGCUAAGGGAGAGGGAGAAUUAUCACAUAUACAGAGUGUACGGCGCUGGAGAUUCGCAAAGCGUCCGCCUCUGUCGCAUCAAAAACCUCGCCCAGCACCUGCAUUCCAAAACACUGGAACUGUUUUUGUUUGUGUAGCAUAUUUUAGCGUUUUUAGCGUUCUCUUGCCUAUAUAAUUUUAUUCCACUGUGUUGUUUCUGUGAAUGGUGCACUGUUCAGUAUACAAUUAACUACUGUUGUUUGAUUCAUUCACGUUAUGAAAUAACACUUUAGUCUUUUACAAGUAUUUAAACAGAAUUUUAAUUCCUGUGAAGUCGUUUUAGACAUUGUUGUACCUGUGUUUUUAAUUACUUUUUAUUUUUUACUAUUCAGAGUGCUGCAUUUCUAUUAGCGUGUCUGGUUUUAGGCUUUGAAAAUAAGUUUUAGUUUAUGCAUCUCAAAUGAACCCUUAUUUAUGUUCAUCACCAAAUUGUAUGCAUUCAUUAUUCAGCUGUUGGAGCCAUAACAUCUGUGUUGAUAGUUGUAAUUAUAAUAAUUAAAUUUCAUAAAAUGCUGGAAUCGUGUUUAU